AUGGCGACCCAGGCGCACUCCCUCAGCUACGCUGGCUGCAACUUCUUGCGCCAGCGACUGGUCCUGUCCACCCUGAGUGGGCGCCCCGUCAAAAUCCGAAAGAUUCGGGCCAGAGACGACAACCCGGGCCUCCGAGACUUUGAAGCCAGCUUCAUAAGGCUGUUGGACAAAAUAACUAAUGGUUCUCGGAUUGAAAUAAACCAAACAGGAACGACGUUGUAUUACCAGCCUGGUCUCCUGUGUGGUGGGUCUGUGGAACAUGACUGUAAUGUCCUUCGCAGCAUUGGCUAUUACCUGGAGAGUCUUCUUUGCCUGGCUCCAUUUAUGAAGCACCCGUUAAGAAUCGUUCUGCGAGGAGUAACCAAUGACCAGGUUGACCCUUCGGUUGAUGUCCUUAAGGCAACAGCCCUCCCUCUGUUGAAGCAGUUUGGAAUUGACGGUGAAUCAUUUGAGCUAAAGGUGGUGCGGCGGGGAAUGCCUCCUGGAGGAGGAGGGGAAGUGCUCUUCUCGUGUCCUGUAAGGAAGGUCCUCAAGCCUGUCCAGCUCACAGAUCCAGGGAAAAUCAAGCGGAUCAGAGGGAUUGCGUACUCCGUGCGCGUAUCACCGCAGAUGGCCAACCGAAUUGUGGAUUCUGCAAGGAGCAUCCUCAACAAGUUUAUACCCGAUAUCUAUAUUUACACAGACCACAUGAAAGGAGUCAGCUCUGGGAAGUCUCCUGGCUUUGGGUUGUCACUGGUUGCCGAGACCACCAAUGGCACCUUCCUCGGUGCUGAACUGGCCUCCAACCCCCAGGGCCAGGGAGCAGCAGUGCUUCCGGAGGACCUCGGCAGGAACUGUGCCAAGCUGCUGCUCGAAGAGAUCUAUAGGGGUGGAUGUGUGGACUCGACCAACCAGAGCCUGGCUCUGUUGCUCAUGACCCUUGGACAGCAGGAUGUUUCCAAAGUCCUGCUCGGACCGCUGUCUCCCUACACGAUAGAGUUUUUGCGGCAUUUGAAGAGUUUUUUCCAGAUUAUGUUUAAAAUUGAAACCAAGCCAUGUGGUGAAGAACUCAAGGGUGGGGAUAAAGUGCUGAUGGCCUGUGUUGGUGUUGGUUUCUCCAACCUUAGCAAGACCCUGAAGUGAGACUGUCACCAGAUAAGGCCCCAGUGCCUACCGACAAGCAGAAGCUGCCACGGACACCCAAAGGGACCAAGUCCACAUUCAUACAGGACAGGAUAUGCUUCUGCAUCAAGGAUUUCUUAAUUUCCCAUUAAAAAAAAAAAUCAGAAUA